CGCGUAAAAUAUUUAUCAAAUUGGGACAAAAUCAAAAGCCGCGGUCUUUCCCCUUUUAGUUGAAAACUUCAUCUUCUUGCGGAAGCAAAUCAAUCAAUGGCGAAGAGCGAAACUUCAGUAGGGAGCGAAGAUCCUUCUUCUUCUCGCCCAUGGGAAUCUUAUCACACAGUCUUUACCAAUGCCAAAGCAGGAAUGGAGGGGGUGGAUAAGGAAAAAGUACAGAGGAUAGUGUAUGAAAUGAGUAAAGGGUCCAAGUAUUUUGAGAAUGAGGAAAAGAAGGAAGCUUAUACGAAGCAGAAAAUCGAGAACAUGCGUAUUCAGUACUCCAAACUCACUGCACAAGAUAUAUCUCAUCAUCAGAAGAUUGCUGACAAAAGGAUUUUAGAGCUAGAAGCCACACGUGAUUUGUCAAGGAUCUGGCUACAUGUGGAUAUGGAUGCUUUUUAUGCAGCUGUUGAAACCUUGUGUAAUCCUUCAUUGAAAGGCAGGCCAAUGGCUGUUGGCAGCAUGUCCAUGCUUUCCACAGCGAACUAUGAGGCCCGGAAAUUUGGUGUUCGAGCUGCAAUGCCUGGAUUCAUUGCACGUAAACUAUGUCCGGAGUUGUUAUUUGUCCCUGUAGACUUUCAGAAAUAUAAUCAUUACAGCAACUUAACAAGAAAAGUUUUUCAGAAAUAUGAUCCGAACUUUUUGGCUGCCAGCUUGGAUGAGGCAUACCUAGAUAUUACUAGUGUUUGCAAAGAGAGGGGCAUUACGAGUGGAGAAGUAGCUGAAGAGCUUAGAGAAAGUGUACACCUUGAGACAGGUCUAACGUGUAGUGCGGGAGUUGCACCAAACCGCUUACUUGCUAAGGUUUGUUCAGAUAUCAACAAACCCAAUGGCCAGUUUGUUUUGCCAAAUGAUCGAAGUGCUGUUGUGACAUUUAUUUCUUCACUUCCAAUAAGGAAGAUUGGGGGCAUUGGUAAGGUCACUGAACGUAUCUUAAAGGAUGUCUUUGGAAUAGCAACCUGUGAGGAGAUGCUGCAAAAGAGUAGUUUCCUUUGUGGCCUGUUUUCUCGUUCUUCAGCAGACUUUUUCCUUUCCGUCGGUCUAGGACUUGGUGGAACCGAUACUCCUCAAUAUAGGACGAGAAAGAGUAUAAGUAAUGAAAGAACAUUUUCAGCCACUGAAGAUGAAGCUUUGCUUUUUCAAAAAUUAGUUGAUCUAUCAGAGAUGCUUUCUGCUGAUAUGAAAAAGGAAGGUCUUUUUGGGCGAACAUUGACACUAAAACUGAAAACUGCAUCCUUUGAGGUUCGAUCUCGAGCGGUGACUUUGCCAAGUUACAUAAGUUCAAGCGAGGAAAUCUUGAAACAUGCUUCAAAGCUGCUUAAGGCCGAAUUUCCUGUUUCUUUGAGGCUCAUGGGACUUCGAAUGUCUCAUUUCAGUGAAGACAAGAAUGGGAUUCCACUUGAUCCUACACAAAAAACUCUUUCUAAUUUCAUUCUUUCUGGAGCUGCUUCUGGAGUAAGGACAAGCGAUUACAGGCCCUUGGUCUCAGAUGUUUGUGAUAAUACUUUCUCAGUUGAUGAGAAUUGUUGUCCUACCUACUGCGCUGAGACAUCUUGUGAUCUGCGUGACUCUUCAAAGGAAAGCAAGGCAUCAGAUUCUACUUACAGUUGCCAUGUAAUAGGGAACAUUAAUGAAGAAUUGAAUGAAACUGUUGUACCUCAAAGUAGUGAACCUCAACCUAAGGUUCAUGAACCAACCGAUACUGAUCAUACAAUAAAGUCUGAUAAGGUCGAUUCUUAUAUGGGACAAUUGGAGGCAAGCAGCUGUGAUAGAUGGGAAAUUGGUGUUAACUGCACGAAUGAUGAAGCAGGGUCUGUAUCAGAUCAGAAGCAAUUAUUUCUUUGGGUGGACGACUACAAAUGCCCUAUUUGUGGCAUUGAAAUGCCUCCAAGUUUCAUUGAAGAAAGGCAAGAACAUUCUGAUUUUCAUCUUGCUGAAAAGCUGCAAGGUGAAGAAUCAGGUAACCACCACAGAAGUUUUCUGCCACAACAGAGGGCUGCCCAGAGAGGCCAUACUGGAAGCAGCAGUCGGCAGAAAAAGAAACAGAAAUCAUCUCCAACUGCUAGCAAAUAUGUACCAAUUGACGCAUUCUUUGUUAAAACAAACCAGAAUUUUUGAAAGGCAUAACAUAGUGAAAAUCUAUUUAUUCAGAAGAUAAUACAGUAAUAAUUUUUUCUUUAUCCAGUGUGGGGAGGGUGCGGUCUAUUUCUUUAUCCAUGUAUUCUUUGUAUAUAACUGUGUAAUUGUAUAUUGUAAAACGCUGCAACAAGUGUAAUGGUUAACUUCCAACUUUGUUUCGAUGGUUGUUACUUAGUGUAUUGUUACUUU